AUGGAAGCUGCGAGUGCAGGACAUCUCAACAUUGUAAAACUUCUCAUUCAAUCCGGGGCCAAGGCUGUCUUCGUAAAUAUGAAUAGCGAGUUCAAGGAAUCUCCUUUGACGUUGGCUGCUUAUAAGGGGUACACUGAUGUGAUUGAAUAUCUUUUAUCACUUGACGACUACGACCGCUCCACGAGGGACGAGGAGUUACAUACAGCAUUGAUGGAGGCUGCAAUGGAUGGGCAUUUGGAGGUCGCUCGUGUGCUGAUACAAGCUGGUGCUCCUGUUAACCUCACGAGCGAGUCUUACGAAAGUCCGUUAACGCUUUCCUGUUGUGGAGGUCAUGCUGAAUUGGCUAAACUAUUGAUCGAUGCUGGAGCUAAUAUUGAGGAGACUAAUGACGAAAAUUACACACCAUUAAUGGAGGCAGCUAGGGAAGGUCAUGUGCAUGUGGUGAAGAUACUGCUUGAGAAUGGUGCGCAGGUGAAUGCAACUACUGAUGAGACUAUGGAAACUGCACUUACUGUUGCAGCAUGUGGUGGAUUCACAGAGGUGUUGGAUGUACUAGUAAAGCAUGGAGGUGAUCUUGAGCUAGGAACUAAUACACCGCUUAUGGAAGCUGCCCAAGAAGGGCAUGCUUUGACUGUUAACUACAUAUUGGCUGCUGUAAAGCCUGAAAAUCGUUCUGCCAAAUUUCGUCAACAAAUGAACCAGGCGCUUUCGUUGGCUGCUGAGAAUGGGCAUUUUGAUGUUCUGGAUGUGUUAUACUCUAAUGGAGCGGAUCUGGUGAGCUUUGAUUAACU